AUGAUCCCUAAUCCUACUUCUGACCCCCACUUGAUCAAGGAACAUCAAUUUUACGACUCAUCCGCAACAUCACACUCUUCCACAGCAUCAGCAUCAACGCCUGAUAGUAUACACUCAGAGUCAAUAAUAUCAGUUAUCCAAAGAGUUGUAACGUUUGAUACAGACAAUGCCUUAUCGAUGGAUAAUUUUCUAAGGUUGAUUGUUAUAUCAUCAGUUUUAAUGCUCUUGUAUAACUUCUUUGCCACUUGGUUGAGAAGGAGAAGAAGUAUUGAGAAAUUAAGAGAAAAAGCAAGAUCAGCAACCAAUUUGGUAUAA